AAAGGAUUUAGAGGUUAUAAAAGAUACACAAAUACUUAUGUUUGAGAUAGCGCCACUUUCUAGUUAAUUUUAAGAACCGGCGAUUAUUCUAAAGAUAUAAGUAAUAAAUAUUACGUAUAAAACCGUCAUAAAUAUAUUUUUUAUGAUAAUGUGUGUCAAUGCUAGUGAUUUUGGUUUAUAAAUAAUUUCGUAUAUUUAUCACAAGAACAAUUUUUAUUCGUACUUUUUGAAGUGUUAAGAGUAAGGUUAAACAUGUUGCGAAUUGUUUGUCGGAAAUCUUUUAAUUUAACUCAAGUUAUGAAAAAGACUAUAAUAAUAGAUACUAAACAAAAGAGACAAUUAAAUUUACUUGAAUAUCAAAGUAAAGAACUACUUAGAGAUUGUGGCGUUUCUGUACAAAACUUUGCUCUUAUCGAUGAUUUAAAUAAAGCAAAUUCGGCAUUAGAAACAUUACAUGCUGAUGAAUUUGUUAUAAAAGCUCAAGUAUUAGCUGGUGGUCGUGGUAAAGGAUGGUUUAAUAAUGGUUUUAAAGGAGGUGUACAUCUUAUAAAGGACCGUAAAGCAGUUAUAGAUGUUGUAAAAAAUAUGUUAGGUCACCGUCUUAUUACAAAACAAACUUCGAAAGAUGGUAUAUUGGUACAGAAAAUUAUGAUUGCUGAAUCUGUAAAUAUUGCACGAGAAACAUAUGUCUGCAUUCUUAUGGAUAGACAACACAAUGGUCCUGUUUUAAUUGCUUCACCAGCUGGUGGCAUGGAUAUUGAAACAGUUGCUGAAAAGAAUCCAGAAUUAAUAAAAACAGUGCCACUCGAUAUAUAUUAUGGGAUUGAUGAUGAUAUCGCUAAAGAUGUUAGCAUCUUUCUGGGCUUUGUGGAUCCAGAUGUUCAACAGAAAGCAAUAUUUGAAUUAAAAAAUUUAUGGAAACUAUUUGUAGAUAUUGAUGCUUUACAAGUAGAAAUAAAUCCAUUGGUCGAGACUACAGACAAGCAAAUUGUAGCAGUUGAUGCAAAAAUUGCAUUUGAUGAUAACGCACAAUUUCGUCAACAAGACUUAUUUGCUUUGGAAGAUAAUGAUGAAAAAGAUCCACGAGAAGCAGACGCAUCACGGUUUAAUCUGAAUUAUAUUAGUAUGGAUGGCAAUAUAGGAUGUUUAGUUAAUGGUGCUGGAUUAGCAAUGGCAACUAUGGAUAUAAUUAAACUGAAUGGUGGUUCUCCAGCAAAUUUUUUGGAUGUUGGUGGCAGUGUCAAAGAAGAUCAAGUUUACCAAGCAUUUAGAAUACUUAGUGAAGAUCCAAAAGUGAAAGUAAUUCUUGUAAAUGUAUUUGGAGGUAUUGUAAAUUGUGCUACAAUAGCAAAAGGAAUUAUUGCAGCAUUUCGUAAUUUACAACUUAACAUUCCCCUUGUUGUCCGAUUAGAAGGUACAAAUGUAAAAGAGGCAAAGAAACUUCUUACAGAAAGUAAUUUACCAAUUAUAACAGCCAAUGACUUAGAUGAAGCAGCAAAAAAAGCAGUCAGUUCUGUAUAAUCCUAAAUUGAUUACUUUCACGUUGUUUUCUUGUUAUUAAGACUGGAAAUAUACAAAUAUGGUGGAAAAACAAUAAGUCAAGAGGAAAUGCAUUAAGGAUAUUAGAUUAUUUUUAUAUUAAUUUCUCAACAUAAUUUAAUUUAUUUAGAUUUAAUAUUGUUAAAAUUUUGUCUUUUUUUGAUCUGAAGAUCUUAAGUAAAUCAAUACUUUCAAUUUGUUAUUAUUGUCUUUAUUAAAAUCAAUUAAACAAUAAUAGUUGUUAUUUGCAAUUUUGUUCUUUUUAUUUCAAUUAUUUAGUACAAUUUCAAUAGAUAAAUAUUUUAUACAGUUCUUGUUAACUUAAAAUUGCAUUGUUGUUCCAAGCUUAGCUGUUAGAACGUACAUCCACAUAAAAUGAAAAAGUAUGGAAAUUAUAAAUUGCAUAUGUCCUCUUUAUCUUUCUCUUUAUCUAUUUUUCUUUACACCUUCUUCUAUGUUUGUGUACUGUAGCUGUUCUUUUUCUAUUGUCGAAAACUGCCGUGCUUCUCUAAACCAUUGGCAUUCACUUCAUAAGAACGUACUAGUAUUGAUUAUAACUAAAAGAAAGUAUGUUAUAUGAAAUGAACAUGUCAUAAAAUACAAUGGUCGAAAUUGAAUCAUCCGAUGACCAAAAAUUCCUUAAGCGAAAUUACUAAUUUCUUUUUUCUAUUACAAAGAAUAUAGUUUUAUACUAUCAGUUACGUAUAUUUCGUAGGUCUAUACAUAUCUUAUGUAUCUUGAAUACACUUAAUUGUAUAUUAAUUAAAAUACUUUUAUAUAUAUUUAUAUAACAUUAUCGGAAUAAAAAGGUUGCAAUAUUUUACAAUGUUU